ACUGUUCUAACAUAUUAGAAAAAGCUCAUAAAAAUAUAUAAAAAAAUUGAUUGAUAAACUGUUAAAAAUCUAACCAAAUACGAAAAAUCUAAUGAAAGUCUUCACUUAAUUUAAAGUUAAUUCAAUCUUAACCUGUCUCACUCAUAUGCAUUUUAAAUCUGUAAUAUGAUAAAAAAUAAACUGAUUGUUAAAAGCUGAAAGAUGGAAAAAAAGCUACUUAAUGGAACAGCUGACACUGGAAAGGCAGCAGGAAUUGAAAACUACACGCAUGAAAGCGUUAAAAAUGAAUCUACUUCAAUAAAUUUUAUUAACUUGAAACAUUAUACUUUAAAUUCUGGGGCUGUGUUACGAGGAUUUUACCUUCUCAUAGGCUUAAGUAUCUUAGUUGUGUUGUACUUAGCUUAUAGAGGACUGAGAUUAAGAAGAUCUCGUAUAGAACGCAGAUAUGGUACAAAUAAAACAAAUGAUACUCAGGAAUUAACACCAUUACCAGUGGGGAUCAUUGCUGAUGAUGAAGAUAGCGAUGGCGAAGACCAAACUAUAUUUGAAUUACAACAUAUCUCAAACAGAAAUUAA